CAUAAUAAGUAUACUGUAUUAGGAUUAUUUUUCUCUUGUUAUAUUGUAGAGGCACGGGGGCCUUAAGAUUGGUUGUUAUGUACAUGGACGAUUUGGAUCCUCUUGAGUCUGAGAUAUUCCUGAUGGAUCCGGCCCAACAUCUUGAGUUUGACUUUUUAUCUCCAGUGAUAUGAUUGAUUGAUGAUCAAUCAACUUUGUGAGUUUGUGCUCCACUUAAUUCUCUUUACUUUUCAUCUAAGCUCCUUUAUACGUAGAAGAGCAAUGUCUGGAGCAGAGCAAAGCCACAGAUGGAGCCUUAAGGCCAAGACCGCUCUUGUAACCGGGGGAACCAAAGGGAUCGGGCAUGCUAUAGUAGAGGAGCUUGCAGGAUUCGGAGCAGUGAUACAUACUUGUGCCAGAGAUGAAUCUCAGCUUAAUGAGUGUUUGAGCAAAUGGAAAAAUAAGGGUAUUCAAGUCACUGGCUCAGUCUGUGACGUAUCUUUGAGAACAGAGAGAGAGAACUUAAUGCAGACUGUGUCUUCAAUGUUUGGUGGGAAGCUCGACAUUUUCAUAAAUAAUGUUGGAGCGAUUCGGCCAAAGCCGACGGUGGAUUGUACAGCAGAGGAUUUCUCGUUUCAUAUUUCGACAAACUUAGAAUCUGCUUAUCAUCUGAGUCAGCUUGCACAUCCUCUGCUUAAGACUUCAGGGUGUGGGAACAUUGUGUUCAUGUCUUCUGUUGCUGGAGUUGUAUCGCUUACUUUUAGCUCCAUCUACUCUGCAACAAAAGGAGCGAUGAAUCAGCUAGCAAGGAAUCUGGCAUGUGAAUGGGCUAGUGACGGUAUAAGGGCUAAUGCUGUGGCUCCUGCAGGCAUUGCGACUCAUAUAGUUGGAGCUGUGUAUGAUGAUGAGUUCGUAAAGGCGUUUGUGUCUAGAAAGCCAUUAGGGCGUUUGGGAGAGCCCGAAGAAGUAGCCUCGCUUGUGGCUUUUCUAUGUAUGCCUGCAGCUUCUUACAUAACUGGUCAAACCAUAUGUGUAGAUGGAGGUCUCACUGUCAAUGGCUUCUCGUAUCAGCCACAAGGUUAAAUCCAAUGUCCCAAAAACAAACAAAACUCAACUUUAUAUAAUAAGUUUCAAUGUCGAGACUUGUCACGUACGUUAUAUUGGCUAAGUCACCGCUGAAGCAUAGAGAAGCAGAAUAUAUUGGCUUUUCUUCUAUCUUAUAUCUGCUUUUUUUAUGAGAUAAGUACUAUUUUCCUCUGAAACGCGUCUAGACCUAUAUGUGACCAUAGAAUCUUAUCGUUA